AUGACAUCGUACGCGUACAGCAACUGGAGGAACGGUGGAGUAGAUCACGGACCCCGUGCAAAAUGCGACCAAGUGGUGUACGAAGCCAUCGCCAAGGGACUCGAAAUCGUCGUCCACAGUCGCAGCAGUUCAAAUCUCAGCAGCAACGCUGCUACUGCUUCUGCUAGCAACGCCAGCAGUCGAUUCAACUUACACGUGAACGAGAUUCCGGCGGUACGGACGAUUGUCUCGCGUUGGCGUCAUUCCUUGCACGUCCCGAUUCGGGUAGACGUCUAUUUUCAGCACGAAACGGACGCUUCCCGUCGGGAGUUGCUCGAGCGUUGGUGCGUCGAAUACAUACCAACGACGAUGGAACGCUUUCGAACGAGAGAGCCGGGCGUUCCCUCGGAUCCCAUUGUCCAACUUCGCCACGUUUGCAAGCGUAUCGUCAUUUGGUUGCGCACGUUGCACUGUUGGAGUCGUUUGUUGCCGUCGCAAGCUUUCCGUGUCGGCGGAUCCAAUCAAAUAGGGUUUUCUGUCUAUGUCGUUUCGGACGAUCAGGAUGAUAUUGGUAGUCUAGUGGAGCAGCAAGGCUUUUUAGUGCGGCAGAAUACCGCCACGAUUGCGACUCCCUACGGAGAACUGGGCUGGCAAGUAGCGUAUGCACCAGAGGAAGUCGUCUCUAGGCUCCUGCCCGCUCAAGUGACCCGUAACCUUUCCAUUUCCCCACGUAUCCCACGCGUUGUUUCAGCAUCCCGAUCCAUUCCUAUUCACAGAGGUGGCGCCGAAUCGCGAAUCUGCGACGACGCCCAUCACCACUACAGCACUACCGUCGAUACAGGCAUUCCGCAAUCGGCACCCGCGCACUUGGCCAUGGAAGACAAUUACUGGGAAAAUCAACAACGCCCCGCAUCUGUGCGGCAAAAUACUUACGAUCCCUCCCGACUCCACCAGUAUCACCGUGCUCAUACCGAAAUGGACGACACGCCUCGUCGUACUCAAAAUCACGGUCUAUUGGAACGCCGCCACACGACUGUUGGACAAGAAUACGAUGUUGCCACCAAGACAGAUUAUGGCAACAUUUACAGCGUGGACGACGAAAAUGACAAAAAACCAGCGCGAGUACUGUCGGGUCUUUCACUGGCGCUCUUGGUAGACGACGCUGUUCGCAGUGAGGAAAAUCCCGAAAAGGAAAAGCGUCGGGCUGCACUUCAUCAAAUGCCACCUCAUGUUUUGGAACAACAAUCUCAUUCACAGCCUCCGAAACCUGCUGCUCAUCGAGCACAAGGCGAAUAUGGCUACGGUUACAACAACCAUAUCGCAUGGCAAGCCAUACAUCCCUCCAGUACGCAUCCCACUGCAGGUCGCUCGUUGAAUCGAUCGCCCUCGUCCGAUCUUGAAGCCCGAUCGCUCAGCACAAGUCCAGCCCGGUUGGGCUCAACACCCCCGGGUGCGGCCUUUAUUGGGAGCGUCGGUACCACCGCUACGAAAAACAUGCAACACUUAAUAGCGCCACGUAAUUCGUCAGCCCGGAACGAUAUUGCCGUCGGUACCGCUGUUACGCCUCCUUUUGCUUCGCGGCCCGCUGGAUUCGCCCAUGAACCCGCUCCGAUGGCCGCUUUAACAGAACAAGCCAAUUCGGUCGUGGAAGCAAUACCCAAAAAUCACAAUGAUGUUUUACCUCCACUAUCUCUUGAUUUAUUGCAUUCGAGUCCCUUUCAGCAACCACAAGGUUCCUUGAUAUCUUCACUCGGUGGUUUACCUGAUUCUGCUUUGCAUGGAUCAACCGAUUUGCGUCGAUCGUUGUGGAAUCCUUCCUCGCAUCACCCUAUGUUACCUUCGUCCUCUUCGGGGUAUGACAUAACCGACCCGGACGAAAUGCCUUUUGCCGUGGAUUUACCUUUCCACAACCCAAAUGGAGCCUCAACAAAAAACCCGGGAGGUUUUGAAUCCAGCGGCAACGGAAAUUCACUGAGUGCGUCGGCUGCGAUUGCCUCGUUUGCCCACCAGCGACGCUUGCAAUUAUUCGACAGCUGCACCGGCAGAAGCGCCAACGUGGAUGACCUGACUUCUCAGCUAGCCGAAUUGCGAGAUUUUGGUGCGUCGAUCAGCGUAGGUGUUGGCGGACCGACAAGCUCUGCACAUGGAUCGGAACAUGAUGCGGCAAGUACGACGACGCCGAUUAGUUUGCAGACGUAAAGCGUAAGCGAAACUAGAGCUAUGACAGAAGCCAUUGCAAGAAUGCUCAUGACAAUCUUAGCGAUCAACUCGCGACGCACUAUGUCUUUACUACCUAAGUGCAUCCCAGAACGGCUUUCAGAAAACGCGGAAUCCCUGCACAAUUCCCAUAAGGAGUGUCUUGCAGGAGUGCUGGUGUAUCGGAAAAGCCCGCGCCGUCAAGCAAAUCUCUCGCCUUUUGUUCCCCAAAUAGCUUGACAAAACCAACUAUCCAAGGCCGGAGUUCAUCGCUUACACCAUCUUGUAUGGUGGAAUCGCGUUCCCAAAACUUUCGGCCGCGAAUACUGCUCUCUCGUGUAUCAGGACGAUGCGAGUACGCCGACCAACUUCCCAAGUAAUGAUGGAUCCGGAUGUAGGCGUUGUUGUUGUAUUGCGGCGGUUUGCAAAUUGGGAGUACGCGAUGAAUCCACCGGAUAUUUCCUUUGCGCUUCGGGUAUCCCAUUCCUUUCAUGUUCGGAACUUUAGAAACAUCAAUGAAAGAUUUUCCAAUCUGCGCAUUCUUGUGGUCUUUGUGAUAUCUCCAUCGUAACGUAUCAAAUUUUUUUGGAUUGAUGGUUUCGGGAAUAUUUUGGUGUAAGGUUUGUUCGGAGCUUUCGACAGCACUGAAUAAAGUGCGAUAGGUUGUGACACAUGCAUUUUGAUAGUGCUGAUUGACAAAGGUUUUGUUCCCACGAUGGGCUAUGACUUCACCAAGAAUUUUCAGUAUUGACCCCGAAUCCUGUAUUCGAUCAGCGGCAUCACUUACCACUUCCUCAUUUAUUGCGACAUAUUCAUCGACAUCGUGGAAGCUGACCCAGGUACGGCUUACAUGCUGCAGAUGUAACCCACAUUUUUUGUAGAAGGCUUCCUGGCGCCGAGUAAAGAACUCAAAUCCAUUAUUCCGCUUCCCCAACUCUUCAAGGUCUUUGUCCAUGAUAAAAUCGUCGUUCCACACUUCAAUCCUCAUCAUUGAUCGCCAACGAUCCAGAACACUUUCGGGAGAUGAUCGGCUCUUUGGGUCCGGCAAAAUAAUAAGAUGUCGUAGCGGCAUUGUCAAGUAGUGGUAUGCAAUCCACUCAACCAGUCUUGGAUUAUCAUCCAUAACCAUUAGACAUGCAGAGAAGCUUUCUUCCUCGCGCUCAGCGAAUUUAGUACUGUUAUCACUAAAAUUUUGGACAGGCAAAACCUGCGUCUCUAAAUGGAGUUUCGAUGAAUAAAUAUUUCUCAUUUGAGCCGGAAGCCAUUCCUUCUUGCUUUCGUAACAAUUCAAUACUAACGAUAUGCCAACAAGCAAAGCCGCUUGAGUCAAUCGCUUGAGUUGAGAUCUCAUUUCGAUGUACAUCCACGUACUAUUGCUGUCCGGAAAGUCACGUGGCUAUGGAAUGGAUCGGAGCCGAUGGCCAUGGUCGGAACUUCACUACGAUAUUUGUUUUUACUUGGUUUGGGGAUCUGCCAGUCCCCUCGAAACUGGUUUUUACCA